AUGCAGGAUUACUCAGGUGGAAAUAUAUCCCACACCGAAUUUCUUUUUGUGGGAUUUUAUGAACUUAAACAGCAUCGAUGGCUUCUUUUCUUCCCUUUCUUCCUGAUGUUCAUGUUGUCUAGUAUUGCUAACUCGAUUCUUAUAUUUGUCAUUAAAACGCAAAGGAGUUUACACUCUCCAAUGUGUGUUUUAAUAGGUGCCAUGGCCUGUGUAGACUUGAGUCUGCCAGUAUUUAUUGUUCCCAAAAUGAUAUUUAGCUUCUUAUUUAACUGGGAUGGUAUUUCGCUACUGGGGUGUCUGGUGCAAAUGUUUUUCAUUCAUUUUGUUGGCUCAUUCCAAUCAUCAAUUCUCCUUUGGAUGUCUCUGGAUCGGUAUGCUGCCAUAUGUAUUCCUUUGCGCUAUAACGAUUACCUGAAUAUUUCUAGCUCUCUAAAAUUUGUUCUUGCAGCCAUUGUUAGAAAUGGUACAUUUGCUGUUAUUGUUGAUGUCCUUGCAGGAGAUCUUUCUUUCUGCUCCUCAAAUGCCAUUAAUCAUUGUUUCUGUGAACACAUGGCCCUGGUAGGACUGGCCUGUGGAAAUACAAUUGUGAACAAUGUUGUAGGUUUGUUAGCAGUUUUUUGUGUUACAACCCUUGAUUGUUUGUUCAUGGUUAUUUCAUAUGUCAAAAUCUUCAUUUCAGUCUUUAAAACGACAUCAGGAAAGUCUUUCCACAAAGCAAUCCACACCUGUACUACCCACAUUAUAGUCAUGUGUGUGACUUACUUCUGUGCCAUGACAGCUUUUGUUUCAUAUCGGAUUCCGAAUUCAAUCCCUCCUGACAUUCGUAUCAUAAUUAGCACAAUGUAUUUACUUUUCCCCAGCUGUUUUAAUCCAAUUAUUUAUGGAAUCAGAACAAAAGAGAUAAGGGAGCAGAUACUCAAACUGCGCCACGUGGGGCUCUUUUGCCACGCGCACGCAAGGCGGACUGAGAACAGCGCCUGGGGGCGGGGCUGCGGGACUGCGGGACUGUGCGUAGUGGGACGGAGGCUGGGAGACGGCCUCUUCCCUUCUGUGUCUGUGCUGGUGUAG